UUUUCCUGUUGGGAGAGAAAAAGUUUUGAAACCCCACCCUCUCUACUGACUGCAAGCACAGACGUAGAAGUGGUUCGAGGACCUGACGAGUCAACACUGAGUGACCGGGGAAGAAGAAUAUGAUAAGAAGUUAUGAUGGAGUUGUUGCGCUGUUUUGGAUACCGACUGUAACCACGAGACCACCGAGCUGGACCAGGUACCGCGCUCAAUUCCCCAUUAGGAACUAACGGGAUUUUUAUUUUUAUUUUUUACUGCGUUUCUCUCUGGAAAGUAAAGUCAAGCAGGGUUGGAUAGCUCUUCCUGUUACAAAGUCGGCGGUUCCUACCUUUUUAUUUCAUGUGAUAAAGGCCGGCUCAUUGUGUGCUUCUGAUAACACCGUAAGUAUGGAUACUCUCGCUCAAAGGGAUGCAGGAUUUCCGGCGGGAGCGCCGCAAAGUAGCGGACAGACGGCGUUAUUGGAGAUUUAGCUAGGUUUACUAAUGCGAACUGCUUAGCCCUGAAAACUUGUCGUAAAACACUGGUUGCCUGGACUGAAUGCUCCUUUCCUGCUAUUCUUCUCCGCUUAGCAGCGCUUCCUGCUUGUGGUGGCCACUGCACUUUAUGGCUAAAAAUACAUUCCAAAAAACCCUCCAAAUGGACAGCUGAAUGUAGUGGCGACGGUCGUUUGGAAUACUGUUUUUUUUUUAUACAACAAGCUUUGGAUAGGCUACUUUAAUUUGUGUCCUUAUACUUUUAGUUUUUAAAAAUCAGAACAACAGGUGGCCGUUUUGAAUGAGUGAAGGGAAGAGCUCAUUUACCCAUGAUGAGGUGAUUCAAGAGCCUCUUUAAAUGCAGGCCAAUGUGCUCGAGCACACAUCACUUGAACAGAGAGACAUUCAGUUUCAGACAGCGUUGCCUUUCUGAGCUUCGAAACCCUUCUCAUUAUCACUCAACAUCAAUCUCUCAACUGAUUCUGUGUUUUCAAAGUGGAGAGCUUUGCAUGUGAUGUCCAGACGAAUGAAAGACACUUACCAUUCAGUUCUAUGUAAAUCCUCUCCUGCAGCCCGCUUGUUGGUCAAGCUCUUGAAAACAUUUCACUGGUCCCUGAUGAACCAACAAGAAAGACAGGAAAGGGAGCGAGGAGCGAUAAAGUACUCCUUUGUACUUUAUUUUCAAACCCUUUGGGUGCAAAAUCAGAUUCAGUCUAAACAUCUGCUUGAGGCUCCAUGGAGCCACUGAAGAACAUAUUCAGUCGUGGCCCACUGUCCAACUGGAAAAACUUGGAUCAAUCACAGAAAGGGAACUUCACCAACCCUGUGUGGACUGCCUUAUUCGACUAUGAGGCGUCCUGUAAAGAUGAGCUCACCUUGCGCAAGGGGGACCUGGUGGAAGUCCUGUCUCUGGACUCUGAGAUAUCUGGGGAUGAGGGCUGGUGGGCGGGUAAAGUCAACAACAAGGUGGGCAUCUUCCCAUCCAACUACGGCUCCUUCAAGCCCAAUGGGUAUGCGAAGCUUCCGGGCAGCACCGUUGUCGCCGAGCUCAACCCGGCCGUGGUGGGCGAGUUUGAACCCGACGUGCUGGAUUUCCGAGACCUGAAGUUGGAGGAGGUCAUCGGGGUGGGGGGCUUUGGGAAGGUGUACCGUGGGACCUGGCGAGGCCUGCUGGUGGCUGUUAAGGCCGCCCGGCAAGACCCUGACGAGGAUAUCAGCGUGACGGCGCAGAACGUCAGGCAGGAGGCGCGUUUGUUCGCCAUGCUCACUCACCCGAACAUCAUUGCCCUGAAGGGCGUCUGCCUGCAGGAACCCAACCUGUGCCUCAUCAUGGAGUACGCCUCGGGUGGGGCGCUGAGCCGGGCACUGGCCGGGCGUCGCAUUCCUCCGCACGUCCUGGUCAACUGGGCCGUGCAGAUAGCCAGAGGGAUGUUGUACCUGCACAGCGAGGCCAUCGUCCCCGUCAUCCAUCGGGAUCUCAAGUCCAACAACAUCCUUCUGGCUCAGCCCAUAGAGAAUGAAUGUAUGGAAGGUCUGACGUUGAAGAUCACGGACUUCGGCCUGGCGAGAGAAUGGCACAAGACCACCAAGAUGAGCACGGCCGGCACCUACGCCUGGAUGGCCCCCGAGGUCAUCAAGUCCUCCACCUUCUCCAAAGGCAGCGACGUCUGGAGCUAUGGUGUUCUGCUGUGGGAGCUGCUAACGGGAGAGGCACCCUACAAAGGGAUUGAUGGACUCGCUGUUGCCUACGGAGUCGCUGUCAACAAGCUCACUCUGCCCAUCCCUUCCACGUGCCCCGAACCCUUCGCUCAGCUCAUGUCAGAGUGCUGGGACCAGGACCCCCACCGCAGACCCAAUUUCAGCUCCAUCCUGGCCCAGCUCAUGGCCCUAGAGCAGCAGGUAAAGGAAGAGAUGCCGCAGGAAUCCUUCCACUCCCUGCAGGAGGACUGGAAACUAGAGAUCCAGGACAUGUUUGACGAGAUUCGGGCUAAAGAGAAGGAGCUGCGAUGCCGCGAGGAGGAGCUGAAGCGGGCUGCUCUGGAGCAGAAGUCCCACGAAGAGUUCCUGCGGCAGCGCGAGCAGCAGCUGGCCCAGUGGGAGCAGGACGUGUUUGAGCGCGAGCUCAGCCUCCUCAUCCUCCACCUGAACCAGAACCAGAACCAGGAGAAGCCCAACGUCAAGAAGAGGAAGGGCACCUUCAAGAAGCACAAGCUCAAGAGCAAGAACGGCGAGAAGAUCAGCAUGCCUCAAGAUUUCAUCCAUAAGAUCACGGUGCAGGCUUCCCCAGGUCUGGAGAAGAGGCGGAACUCUCCGGAUUUGGGUUCAGGCUCCUCACCCUCCUUUGGCCCACGCUUCCGUGCAAUUCAACUCAGUCCCAGCGACAACAGCCGGUCGUAUGGCCUGAGCUCGGCCUGGCCCCUAGACGCGCCUUCUCAUAAACAAACCAAUGGAGACCUGAGGUUGGGCCCCCACUGGAGGCCCCAGAGCCCGAAAAGUCCCAAAAGCCCUAAAGUUCUGCGCCUUAGUCCCCAGGAAAGCAGUCUGUCUAUGAGGGCCAAGCUGCUGGAGUCAGACAGCAAUGAGAGGGGGGAAUCCAAGGAUGACUUUGAGGAGUACAGACCCGGUGCACCAACCCCUCCCACUGCUCAGAACGGCUCGUCAGUGAAGGACAGCUUGCGGCUUCCUCUACCUCAGCGAGACUCGCCCAGCGAGGACGGGGGUUCCUCCCCGGCUGGCUCUCCCAGGCCCGAGAGGGGUUCCCUCGGGGGCCAAAUAAAGGGCACCCACCGGGCCCUACUGAGCAGUGGCUCCCUCCUGGCCUCCAUAGGACUAGGACGCUGCUUGGAUAUUCCCCCAAGGGUUCCCCCCCGAACUAACUUUCCUUCCCUAGAGAACCGCACCCCCUCGGAACUAGAGAUCUCCUCCCCUAUGCCCCUCAUUUCAGACCCCCCCGUGGUGGACGAUCUCAUCACCUUCUCCACCUCAGAGCUGCUCCCCAGACCGCUUUUGGAUCUAGCUCUGCAGUACCAGGAACUGAAGCCCUUGCCCCUGACGCCGCCCCCGCCCAACCCCCGGGAGAGGAGUGGUCACCGAACGCCGCAGGUCCCACACAGUCCGCAGAGCCCCAGGAGCCCCCCGCGGCACAGCAAGGCCAGCCCAGGGGAAUGGACCCCGUGUUCCCAUUCCACUAACGGGGAGCUGGGCUGUGUGGCCUGGGAGCCUAAAGCUGAAAGGAGGAGGAGGUCCAGCCAGGGCCUGCACGCCGCUCAGCUAGUUUUGGACCUGCCCUUGUGCCAAGACACACAGGACUCUGAUGACAAGCCUUCAGAGGCCUCCUCUCUCCACCCCAACCCUGCCCUCUGGAGCCCCAAAACCCGCCGGCUGGAGGUCAGCGUCAUCCCCCGACCCCGCCCGUCCCCUAUCCGCCCCCGCAUCGACCCCUGGAGCUUCAUCUCGGCUGGUGGCGGGAACUCAGCUGGCGGCCGCAGCCCACACCGCUCGGACGGCAACCCUCUGGGCUACCAGCCUUCCCCUACCAACCCUUUCACCAACUGUGACCCCUUCCCCUCACCGGACUGUGACCCAUUCUCCCUGAAGGCUGACCCCUCGUGCGGCUCGGACAUGGCCUCCCCCUUCGACCCCUUCUCGGCUCCCUUUGCCACCUCCCGUUCUGCCCCUUGCUCCACUAACGGCUCACCCACGCUGCCCUCGUUCCGUAUUGCACCCCUCAACCUGGCCGACUCGCCCCUCAUCGACCUUGGCUGGGCGGCCUGCUCCAAGCCCCUGGACAUCACCAAAGAGAGAGCUCACCCCCGUAAGACAAUGGGGCUCAAGCCCUUCAAGUCCCCGACGCAACUUAGAGACGAUAGGUUCUAAACCUGUGACUUUGGCAAAGCCCCGGUUUUUAUUACAGGAACACAGUUCAGUCCUCUUUCCACUACUAUGUCCUACAUCGAAACAAGGUUUUUGAAUCUUUAAAAAAAAAAAAUCACCCACUGUGGGGAGGUUUCCCCAAUGGGAGCCUGCUAACCUAAUUGUACGCCAGCCUGCUGCUUUGGAAAGCUGAAAGCCAGUGAAAGGUGGUACAUUGGAUUGUGGGAUAGCUGCCUUUUAAACCAAUAGCUGGUGCCCAUUUUAUUCUCCCGCUCUAUCUUGGUUUCUCUAUUCCUUUUGAAGGUGCAGAACAAAGAUCACUUGUCCCAUCUUCAGAUUCUAUCAGACUGUUCAUAUCACCUGCUUUCAUCCCCCCCAUCCCCCACCUUUGAAGCAUUGUGACAAUGCAGAGGUGGAUAAGGCGACUUGCACAGCUUCAUCUGCCUCUACCUCUCUGCAGACUGAAAGCAUAGACAAUGGGAAAUUGGAGUGCCUUAUUUUUGUGAAGUGCUUUUAGUAUACAUAUAGUAUAUCUUUUCAAGAUUUCUUGAAUGGUUAAUCUGGUGCUUAGGCAAGAUGCUAUGAAUUUGGCUUAAAUUAGCAAAUCAUCUUAGCAUUUCUGUGGAAGAAAAUGUUGUCUGUGUGCGUGUAUGUCUAGACUCAUUGUUCAAGGAAAGCUUACUGUUUUUGCUUUUUUUCUUAAACAGCAUCUGCCUGUUGCAUUAUGGGUAAAAGCCCUCAGAGUGGAUUUUCCAGGCCACGUAUGAAAUCCGAGACAAAUCCAUGACCCAGACAUUCCACUUGGAAGCAGAUAAAAUUCCAAUCACAUUCCCCUCUAAAUGCCAGGCAUUGGACAGAUUCAUUCAUUCCGCUGGCUGGCUGGCUGGCAGCACGGCACAGGAAACAGGACGGGGGAGCCCACUGCAUUCCCUACGUAUGCCAAAGAAUGCCACUGUGGCAGUGUAAGGGCUGGGGACAAAAAGUAUUUGCAAAUACAUUGUUUUUACCUCCAUGGAGUGCCGGACGGGUGGCGUCUGCCAUACUGGACAUCACAGAGAAAGUUGAGGCAAUCACAGAUGGUAUUUAAACAUAACUUUCAUAUGCUUUUCUGUGGUUAUCUUUUUCUUACUAUUAUCCAGGCUGUCUUACGCGUCUGAUGCCGCAAGAAGGUAAGACCAAAUACCUUUGAGUAUUUGCAAAUACUACAAUACAAGUCUGUAUGGAAGCUUCACUGCUGAAUACUUUAUUUAUUUGUACAGUCCACCAGAGUAGCAGUAACCUCGCAAAGCCGGCCCAUGAUUUUUGGUGUCUUGGACCACACAACACUUCUCUCCUUGGCCUGAUUGGAUUGCUUUCUUGUCGAGAAACUGCAGAUAGCAGAAGGUAAGCUUAGCUUACCAUAAAGACUGGAAGUAUGGGGAAACAGUUGGCCUGGCUCUGUCUUUCUAUAAGUCCACCUUUCAGCUCCUCUCUUACCAAUAAAUCACAUGUUGUUUGUUUGAUAGCAGUGACUUCCUGGAGUUUUAUUGUCCCUGUAAGGUGGCCAGGCAGCAGUCUUGUAUAAAAGUACUUAAAACCAAAAACUUGUGUAAAAGUAGAAGUUAGUCAUUUUUUGCAAUAUUACUUGAGUAAACGUCUCAUCUUAAGUAUCAGAAGUAGAGCGCCCUCUGGUGGACAAACUAUACGCCAACACACACAAAAUGCUUGAAGGGUGUUUUGUCCGUUUUACAUUUAUUUUUUAAAUAAAUUAUUUAUCAGAAUCAUUUAUUUGUCAUUAUAAAUGAUUCUGAUAAAUGAAUAUUAACCCCCCGUAACUAAAAAUUAAUUUAUCCGCCAUUAUAAAUGCCAACACCAAUAGUUUGGAAAAUGCCUAAUAUCGGCCAAUAAUAUCGGCCCGCCGAUAUAUCGGUCAGGCUCUAGUUUUAAACUUUGUUUUUUGUUGUUGCAUGUAUUAAACUAGCAAGAUAUAACUUGUUGAUUAGUAAGCUUCAGGGGGGAUUUGUUACCUUUGGACAGAACCAGGUUAGCCGUUUCCCCGUUUCAAGUCUUUAUGCUAAGCUAAGCCAACCGUCUAAGCGUUGGUGAUGGGUAGCACGUGUUAAAACAUUCACUGAUUACUAGCAUAUGUAUAUGGGCUCAAUCCGCUGACUUGAGCUUGUGAAAUUUAAGCUGGCUUUCCAAGACUAGAGUAGCAGGCCUCCUAACUCUUGUUCCUCUCGGUUUAUUUAGUUAAAAAUCCAUCCUAAAACCAUUUUAACAACGCUGAAAAGAUCUAGGUGGAUCCUGUGGAUAACUGGGACGUCAUGUUUAGAUAUAGCAGAGGAGUUCCUCACUAAACAAUAAUACAGGAAGAAAUUCAUUAUAGAGAUGCUGAAAUAUCCAUUUUUCCACCAACAUCAGUCUCAACAAACCAGAAUGCACUGGAGCAACACUUUGCCCUUUCACACUUGGUUUACAAUCAUGAUAAUGUUCGAUUGUUAGACAUACUAGGCACUUUCUUCUGGGUUGAAAUCAUUUUCGUUUUUCUUAUUUUAAUCCAGGAAAUGUAUGAGAGGCAGGUUGAGGAAAAGAAGCUGUAUCACAAAAAAACCUUGGAAUGGGUUUGAUAUCAAAGAGUAUCCAGUAAUCAUCAUUCAUUAUUUUUGUAAAGGCAGUCGAAUAGAUCUCAAGCAUGUGGUGUAUGAACAUAAUUGGUGUAGGAGGUCAAGCAUGUAAGCACCUGAAAGAGACCCACUUACACACAGCACAAACGUCCUGUCUUACGAGCCGAAAAUACCGAUUGGCUUUAUCACGACACCGUGUCAUUGGAGGACAAUCGCGCCUUUUGUUCUGAUGCAGACUGAAAACCUUGUCUCCAAAGGGAGGGGGAGCUUUGUGAUUAGCCUAAUAAUCCUUCAGACAAACAGAGUAGGCAGAUAGUGAUAAUUAGCCUCUUGAUAAGAUAUUUGGUUAAUUAAUUUGCUCCGACAUUACAAAAAUGCCCCGCGUCCUCCUCGCAAGGUAUAUCGAGUUGCUUCCCGCACCAGCUUCCAUCUUGAUUUUAUGCCAUUAUUAUUUUUAGUUUUAUUAUUAUUAUUUUUUUAAAUGCAUACAGUUUACAUGAUGGGUUGAGCUAUCUUUUCCUCUCUUUUCUUUUUAUUCUCUAUUGCUACUGGCUGUACGGUCUUACUUUUUUUUUUUUUUCUACGUCCCUCUCCUACCACGUUGUGUGGGAGAGUUUCUUUUUUUUCUUUCUUUCUUUCUUCAUACUCCUACUCCUUUUGCUUCCCUUCUUGUCUGGAAGGUUUUCUUGAGGGCAGUUUUGUCCUGACACUGCAGAGCAUUCAGUUUAGCACAACAGCCA